GUAGCUCACAGGCUAUCUAGCCAAUUUUUACGUUGCAUUUCCUUGUCUACCAACCAACGAGUGGCCGUGGAUCAACAUAACAAGAGCUUGUAUUGGACUUUGACCAGAUAGAGGUUGAUGUGUUUGAAAAAUCAAUGCAUUCGUAGAACAUUCUCUCGAGUUUCGUUUGAAAAGAGGGGAAGAAAGUAUCGCACACUAUGUAUGUGGGAAACCAAUUGUCAAGAUGACGAGGAAGAAUGCAAGAACUAACGUUAUGGCUGUGUGUAUUUAGUUAGCUAGGGUUAGCUAGCUAGGCAAGUGGGCUACCUAUGCAAGCCAAGAGACUUAUCAAGCAUCAUAAUUAAACAUUGGCCGAGAAGUCACAUCCAACGUGAUUCUUCAAUUGGGGACUAACUUGAAGGUUGGAGUUUCAAAGCCGCGAGAAAGGAAACAAGGGCACAAUCAAACUCAAGACAUCAAACUUAACUCAGGAAUGCCCAGAGCAUUCGCCCCCUGCUGCUCCUCCUGAGGUCUCCGCCCCCUGCUGCUCCUCCUGAGGUCUCCGCCCCGGUGAGUGGAGCUCUGAGCGUGACCCCCCCAGCUGGUGUGACCGGGGCAGAAUGCUGCUGCAGGGCUGGCCCCAGCAGUGCGCCUGAGCAAGAGGAGGCAGAAGCCGCGGCUGAGGGAGAGGAUGGGGGUGAAUGCCUCCAGCUACCCACACUCCUGCUCGCCACGCUUUGGGGGCAACUCCCAGACGCAGCAGACCUUCAUAGGUACGUCAUACUCACCUCAGGGUUAUGGAUGUGAAGGGAAGCUCUACAGCCUGGAGGGCGGAGGGGGCGGUGGUGCCGGAGGAGGCCCAGGCGAGCGGCCGCAGGACCGCAAGAAGAAGAGCUCGGGCCUGGCCACGCUCAAGCGCCGCUUCAUCAAGCGCCGCAAGUCGAGCCGCUCUGCGGACCACGCGCGGCAGCUGCGCGAGCUGCUGGCCUGCUGGGACGUGCGUGACGCGCACGCGCUGGUGGAGGAGUACGAGGGCACGGCGGCGCUCAAGGAGCUGAGUCUGGCGGCGGGCCUGGCGCGGCCCCCGGCACGCACCCUCCAGCGCGACCUGGCCGAGCUCUACCGGCUGCAGCUGUGCGCCGACGUGGAGCUGCUCUUCCAGGACGCCCGCUUCCCCGCGCACCGCGCCCUCCUGGCCGCCAGGUGCCCCUUCCUGGGCUCGCUGCUGGCGUCGAGCGGGGUCGGGGUGAGCGUCGGCGGAGGAGGGGUGAGCCCCGGCAUGGGCGGGGCGCCCUCGAUGAUCUUGGACGUGGGCGCGGCGGCAGGGGCGGCCGGCGUGGGCAUGGGCAUGGACGCCGGCGUGUUCUCGACGCUGCUCUACUACCUGUACACGGGCGAGCUGAGCGGCGAGGAGACGCGACUGCGCAGUGGCGAGCUGCUCCUGCGCCUGGGCGAGGAGUUCGGCACGCCCAACUCGCUGGAGGCCGACAUGCGCGUGCUCUGGGAGCGCAUGAGCCACCACGACUCGCUGCUCUACUUCGCCUCCGACGCCGAGUUGGAGGCCGGGACGCCGGGAGGCGUCAGCGGCGGGGCGCAGACCCCCAUGGGGCCCGGGGCCACGGCGGCGGCCGCUGCUGCAGCGGCGACGGCCGCCGCCGUGAUGGGAGAGGAGGAGCUCCGCGCGCACAAGGCCAUCCUCUCGGCCCGCUCGCCGUUCUUCCGGAGCCUUCUGCAGCGCCGCACGCGGGCCGGAGCCGGGCCACCUGGUGGCGAGGAGCCGCCCGACCCACACAUGCAGCCUCUGCCCACGUGCAUCGUCCUGGACGAGUCGAUCAUCCCCAAGAAGUACGCGCGCGUCAUUCUGCACUGCAUGUACACGGAUCGCGUAGAGCUGUCGCUGGUUCUCCGGGGGAGCCCGUCGGCCGGCAGCCUUGGGGAGGUUCAGGCCCUCGUGGCUGGAAGAGGAGGAGGCAUGACCCGCGCCGAGGAAGCCAUGGAGCUCUACCACAUCGCCCUGUUCCUGGAGUUCAGCAUGCUUGCGCAAGGCUGCGAGGACAUCAUUGCGGAGAGCAUCUGUCUGGAGUCUCUGGUGCCCAUCCUGAAGUGGAGCUCGCAGCCGUACGGCUCCAAGUGGGUGCACCGACAGGCCAUGCACUUCCUGUGCGAGGACUUCAGCCAGGUGGUGACGUCGGACGUGCUGCACGAGCUCAGCAAGGAGCAGCUGCUCGCCGCCAUUCAGUCCGACUACCUGCAGGCCAGUGAGCAUGACAUCCUCAAGUACGUGGUGAAGUGGGGCGAACAGCAGCUCAUUAAGAGAAUGGCUGACCGAGAGCCCAAUCUGCUGAGUGGCACGGCGCACAGUGUGAACAAGCGCGGGGUGAAGCGACGUGAUCUGGACGUGGAGGAACUGAAGGAGAUCCUGUCCCCUCUGCUGCCCUACGUCCGCACCGAGCACAUCCUGCCCCCGAACAGCGAGGUUUUCUCCGACACGAUGAAGCGUGGCCUGAUCAGCACUCCUCCCUCAGACAUGCUCCCCACCGCCGAAGGGGGGAAGGCCAACGCCUGGCUCCGGCAGAAGAGCGCCGGCAUCUACGUGCGCCCCCGCCUCUUCUCUCCCUACGUGGAGGAGGCCAAGGCCAUCCUGGAUGAGAUGAUGGUGGAGCAGACGGACUUGGUGCGCCUGCGCAUGGUGCGCAUGUCCAACGUGCCCGACACGCUCUACAUGGUCACCAACGCCGUCCCCCAGUGCUGUCACAUGAUCAAUCACCAGCAAAUGGCAGCCGGCCAGACGGCCCCGCCCUCCGUGGUGGCCAAUGAGAUACCAGUGCCUCCUCUGUGUGUGGUGCGGGAGAUGAUCCGGCGGCUGCAGGAGCUGCGGCACAUGGAGCAGGUGCAGCGGGCGUACGCCCUGAACUGCGGCGAGGGCGCCACCGUCAGCUACGAGCUGCAGCUCCGCGUCCUCCGAGAGUUCGGCCUCCCCGAUGGCGCUGCCGAGCUCCUACAGAACCCUCACAAGUUCUUCCCGGAGGAGCGCUUCGGCGACGAGAGCCCCAUCCUGGCGCUGCGGCAGGUGGGCCGUUGCCGUGUGAACAGCACGCCGGCGGCGGCCGAGGCGCUCUACCCCGAGCUGGAGACGCUGGUGGGCUUCCACCACCCGCCGCUGCCGCCGCCGCCUCCGCCCUACCACCACCCCCACCCCUCCUCCUCCGCCACGCCCGCACACGGCCAGGGGAAAGGAGGAGGAGGCUGGAGGCCCCGGGCCACCUCGCAGCCGCCCUCGCGCUCCUUCUCCUACCCCUGCAACCACGCACUGCUCCAGCGCAGCCAGCCGCUGGGCGCCCAGCUGCCCGGCCCGCCGUACCCGCCCUCCGGCCACGGCAAGGCCCUCAUGCCGCCCGACUGCACCAACUUUGGGGUGCCCGGCCGGAGCAUCCAUCCUGACAAGCAGGGGAACAUGGAGCCUGUGAUGAACGAGUUCAUGCCAGACAUCGCCAUGGGUGUGUCUGCUAUGACGCUGAAGGAAUGCCGCAUGUCGGAGGUCAACAUGGAGGUGGAGGGUCACGACCUCCACCCUUUGACCCCCGCCUCCAUCCCCCAUGGUUACGUGGGGCGGCACCCGCACUCUUCCUCCUCCUCUUGCUCUUCCUCCCGCAAGCGUCACGCAGCCGAGCCCAAGCCUGAGGCGCCGCCCGACUUCCCUGACCUGUACGAGCUCUCGGGGCGCCUGGCUGCCGCCCCGUACGCCGGGCCGCCCGACCUCUACAGCCACGGCCGGCCGCCAGUCCCCGGAGCUCCGGCGGGGGGUCCCCUCUCGCCCGGCUACCCGCCCGACCAGCAGGCCACGUGCUGGGGAUCGGACUCGGGCCUGCGCCUGGACAUGCUGGAGCAGCCGCCCCAGAGGCUGGACCUCGCUCUGGCCACCCACGCGGCCGCCGCCCACGUCACCACGGCAGCAACGGCGACGGGGCAGGUAGCCGCCCACAGGGCCGGGCGCCCCAAAAACGAGACGGACCUCACGUGUGGCCUGGGCAGCCCCCCUCCGCCCCCCCUGCCCCCCCAGCCCCCGUGCCCACCGGAGCCCUAUGAGGAGUGGGCAUCGGUGCGCAGGCCGGUCACCGAGGGGACGAGCGGCGGGGCUGAGGACGGGGGCGUCGGCGGGGCCAGGGAACGCAGGUCCCCCAGUAAACCAGAAUACCCUUACAGGAAGUCAGCGCUCUGACGCCCCACCCCCCACCUCACGCCCACCCAAUGAGAAAUGAUGCAUGCUGGUGGGGUGUGAAGUUGCUGAGAGAAUGAGUUGCUGGGGUUGGAUGUAUGAGUGUUAACGGGUGCUUUGGUGGAAGGAUUGUAACUGCUAACUAGAGCAGAGUAUCGUCUUCAUGUUCCAAGGCACAAAUGUCCACCAGUGAAGUGCACUCCAGGUGACAUGCUCGGGUGACGUGUAAAGGAGCACUUUGGUUUUGGUUGGAUCCCACACACAAAGAUCCACUUUCCCAUAGUUCAGUUUUUUUUUUUCCAGUUUUAACCACCUGUGUCCACUCCAACUCCCCUCCACCCAGUUGUCCACCGCCACCUCUACCCAUAAUCCUCUCUGCCUCAUCCUUGUCUUGUCCAUCUCAUUGUCCCACUCUGCCAGAGUAGACUGCCAGCUGACAAUCAGCAGCUUCAGUGAAUGCCCCCCCACCCCCCCCCCCAAGGUUUAUAAUGAUGGGCCGCCAUCCCUCCUCCCCGAUUUUUGCAUUCUCAUUUCCUGUCCGCCCAACAAGCUUGUCCAUCUAGGAUGAUUGCAGAGUUAUAUAUUUUAUGUGUGUGCCGCACUUGCCUCCUUUAGAAAUAAAUUGAAAAAUGCCCAGGCAAUGAGUUGCAAACUCACUCUCUCCUGCACUGCUGUCCAUGACAAAUAGUCGUUCCUGAGUCCCCCCCUUUCCCCCCUCCUCCUUCCCCCCCCAACCCCCCCCCUGUUCUCUCCACUCUCAGAAGCUGGGCCGGCAGUAAUGGCUCUUGUAAUCCUCUGCGAGCAAGCUGCUGUGCGUAUUAGCACGGGCAAUUUGAGAUUUGGGGAAGAGCACAAAGGAGGCGAGCGAAUGAAAUGGCACCUCCCCACCUCCCCACCUCCCCCACCUCCCCGACCCCCCGAGGGGAGCUGCUCUCAGGGCACGUCUUACCCACUCAGUCCCAUUACAACACAUUGCACAUGGUCUGUUGGUGUCCAGAAGCCAAGGCCAUUCAGUGGCUAGGAGAUGCCCUUUAGCCUCUUAAGAAUUGUAGACUUGCUCAGCAGAGUGAUGUUUCAUACAGCCCAGGCCAGCUGUCAAGCAUCAGAGUGGUGGUGAUGAUGAUGAUGAUGAUGAUGAUGAUGGUGACAAUGAGAUGCUGUUAACAUCCUCUCUAAAAGCAGUGUGUGGACAGCAUAUUGAGUUUUGUUUAUUAUUAUUUUAUAGUUCAACGUGUUGUUAUGGAUCUCAGCCAAACCAUUGUGUUUCACAUGACUCUCACCCCAUUUAAAUGACACCCUGUCCUGUCCAUCAGCAGCCUUUGGUAGCAGGAUUUGCUCUGGUCCCUAAAACCUGACGGCCUCCCUCUGGCUGUGAGUCACGGGGCGUCGCCUUGCCAUCUCCCAAAGACGACACUGACGGACAUCAUGAAUUUACAACACUGCAGUGCACCACAGGGGGAAAAAGAAAGCAGGUCAUUUAAGGACGUUGUGACGCGAGUUUAAAACAAAAAAAAAUCCUUUUGCCUUUUGAGGGAGGAAGAGACUUUUCGAAGCCAGCAUAAACCAUGCUUUAUGCCCUUCUUUUUGCCGUUCAAGAAGAGUAGAUGCGAAGCAAACAGAAAUGAACUUUUUUUCGUCUCUGCUCUGUUAUUUUUAAAGACUUUUCUUGCGCAUAGUGGUGCUUAUUUGUUGUUUGUUCCUCUCUUUGGAAAAAAGGGCUGCAGUACUGCGCUCUUUGCCAUGCUGUUGCUUAACGACGUUCCAGCAAAUGACCGUAGCUCAGUUUUAUUCAAGUCUACCCCACCCCCCCACCCCACCCCACCCCACCCCCCAUCAGUCAAGGAGCCCUCCAAGGAUCCAGUGGGACUCAUGAAUUUCAAGCUAAAUGACUAUUUUAAAUGAUUGCCUCCUUAAGUCCUCUUUUGUUUUUGUUUUUUGUUUUUUAAAUGUUUGUAAUGACUUGUUUUUUGUGCGUUUGUGUGUUGUAGUGUGCGUGUGUGUUUGUGUGUUGUGCUAAGGAGAAAUAGAGUGCUGGGUCAGUGUUCUUGAUGUUUUCGGUUCCUCGUAAAUGACUUGCAUUUCAAGUGUGUGUGUGUGUGUGUGUGUGUGUGUGUGUAUGAAGGCAGGAGAGUGGUGAUGAGGCUGCGGGCGGGUUGGCAUGGGAAUGGGAGCUGGGACGGGGCUGGUCUCUCCGGGCCCGUAGAGCCUGACACAGAUUUGGGGAGAGAGAGGCGCGGGAUGGGAAGGGCUGGAGGAAGUCUGAAGGGUGUGAGGUGGGAUGAUGGCUAAAGUAUUGUCCAUAAACCAUACCAUAAACUUUUUUUAUUUAAGUAAACAAAUGUCAUUAUCUCAAGUUCGCCUCAGAACCAAUGCUGUGUUUGUUUGUUUUUAAGUCCCAUUACAGCAUUUUCAUUAAUUUCUCAUUAGCCUUAGGCCUCCUCAAAUGUGGUUACACCUUUUUUGUACACAUUGGCCUCAAGCUUCAGACCCCUGAUGAAAAAUGUAGGCCGUAGGCAUAUAUACACACACACACACACACACACACAAACCCCUUGUCGCCUAAAAUUGAAAAGGCUGCUCUGGUCAGGAGUCACUUCACUGCUGCUGAACUGUGCCCUCUGGGCCGCGCCAUGCUGCCACUACCUCCGACCUUUCACCUCUGACCUCUGAGCAGUCAUCCCUCCGUAGCUCCAGCUCCUUCUCCUGUGGCAGAGCAGAGUGGCUCAGACCCACACGCUUCUCCUGCCCUACCCAGCUCCCCUUACCACACACCCUUAGAGCAGAAGGGAUGUCUGUAUGCAAUCUCUCUCUCUCUCUCUCUCUCUCUCUCUCUCUCUCUCUCUCUCUCUCUCUCUCUCUCUCUCUCUCUCUCUCUCUCUCGCGCUUUCUCGUUCAAGUACCUGCUCGGAAGCGAUUUCUCCACAGUUGUUUGCUCCCUGCUAUCUGCAGCACUAAUCAGAUUAUCCAUGGAAACGCACACAAGAACACAACACUGUUUCCGUGCCAAUUAUCAGGUUCUCAUGGAUGACUUCCCCAUGUUCUGUGGCGAGGCUGGAAGGGUGUGUGUGUGUGUGUGUGUGCACUCAAGCUGUCCAUUCGCUCUGAAAAGGAUCCAUGCCCCUUAGUGAAUCAGGUCACAGCAGAGACUCACCUGAGCUUGGGAGUGUGUGCACUAAACUGAUGCUGACUCCUCAUGCUUAAAGUGGGUGGUGUCAGUCAUGAACAGGCAGGGGAAUCAGGUAGUGAUGUUUGUGUGGGUGGGUAAGUGAGCAUUUCGGCUGCCCUUGCUGACUCUUCAGUGUUAAACAGCAUGGGGUCCUGAGUGGCUCCAGAAAAGGGAACCUGAGAGAUUGCUGGAGGUGGCGGCAGCAGGAUGUUUGCUGUCGCCCUCUUAAGCUGUACAGAUGUUAGUCUCACAACAGUAUGCGCAUAAAGGAAAUGCACGAUCUGCCGGCCUUAGCUGUUGUUCUUCCUCAACAGCACUGGCAAUAUGGACCCAUUCUCACAAGUUCACCAACCCCCAGCCCACUUUCCAUUCUUUGGACCAGAUCGUAUCGGUCUUGGUCUCUGGCCUAAAUCGCAGGUGACUUUGGAUAGGAGAGCUGCAGGGAGAACAGGAUGAGAUGGGGGGCCCCGGAGUGCGGCUGCUGUUGGGAGAGGAAGGUGAGGCACCUGAGUGGCGCAUGAAAGGCACAGACCCAGAAAUAGACCUGCCCGGGGCCACGGCGGCUCCGCAGAGAGCAGGCGCCAAGCCAUCGGAAACAGGCCGGGGCUCCAAGAUGGAUGGAUGUGGAGGGACACUGCAGCCGAGGAGCGCCAGAGAGUGAGCUCCGAGGUUAGGGGAGAGUCAGUCCCAGAGCUGGCACCAUGCCAUGCUUCACUGCCUGCACCGAGGUGGCCACUGUAAUUAUGGAUCAUUUUGAACGGCUUGAAACCCUCCCUAUGAUGCCUAUUAGGUAUUAGUUGUUUGGGCAAAGGAUUACAACUGGCGUGCUGUGAAAUUGCUUACAGUAGCGUCCAGCUGCCGAGAGGCCUGUGGUAUUAGGAGGAAGCUAAAUGUAGCAGAUAAGAUGAUCAAUAUGCCUGUUGCAGUCCGCUUUUGAAAAGACAUCAUUUUGAUCACAUUCUGACGGUGGUUGCAAACCUCAUUGUGGACCUGUCCGCUCGCGGAAAGUCAGUUGUGUGUCUCAGUUUCUCUCUGAUCCAGGAAAUUGUCAAAGACACUCCUGUCAUUUGGCGACGCUGGGGACUUGACAUGGGACCGGUGUCCUUGCUGAGUCUCAUGCAUCCUUCUCUCGGGCAGCACCGAGAGACGUGUCUGUACUGCCCCCUGCAGGUUCCUCCAAUGCAAAGCAGGGUUACUCAAGGUCAGGUUGCACCACCACCACACCCACCCGCCUCCUGUUCAUCAUCUCCAGCCCAUUUUCCCUGAGCAUCUCUCCAAAACCUCCAGCAGAAGCACCAGCCCUGUUAGCUGUGGAGAGGUCCUCCCUUCGCAGCUGUGUGUGUGUGUGUGUUUCCUGCUUGUGUUUGAUGUGUGGAAGUCCCCCCUCAUCAGCGAGAGAAGCAAGGCUAUAUUUGGUUCAUGGUAAUAUCCCCCAAAGCAGUAGGCAUGAACUGCUGUCAGCUGCAUUAGGCUCCUGCGACUGACGUUUCGAAAAUCCAGGCUGCUCCUCAUUUCCGCGAGUCUUCAGAUUCAAGCUCAGGCCUCAAAAAAAGCUUCAAUAUCUGCCAUAGGUCAUUAUCCUCAUUCUGGAUAAUGAAAGCGACAAUUAAAAAAAGAAAAAGCUGUUAGAUAAAAAGGUCUCAGUAGUCUGUUUUGUUGCUGUUGUUGUGGUUGUGUGUGAGUGGCUUCAUGUAGUGUGAUGCUUUAGUGUGGAGAUGGUGUAGUGUGGAAAAGAACAAUGGGGUUUUGUUGCAGGAUUCGUUUCUGCUCAAGCAUCUCCAAGAUGACUUUCAGCGGAUGCCUGCUCCAAGCCCUGUGAUCUUGUGCUGUGUGCUUCUAUUGCAUUUGAAUGAUGUGAGCACAACGGUUAGGAAUGGUUUGUGGAGGUCUGUGCUUAGUGCAUCCCCUCAUUUUCCAGCCUUAAAGAUGAUCACAGGUUUCUUUGUUUUGUUACUUCUUGAUUUAGUUCUUGCGGAGCAUUUCAUGAAAAUAUGUGAUGUGUUUUGCUGGACCUGUUAGCGAGGAAUGUACAGAUUGUUGCACUAAUUUCAACUGUAGCGAUAUCCAGCAAAACUACAUUGGGUUAUGUAGUGUUGGAUGUUUUUUUUUUGUUUUGAUUUUUUUUUUUUUUGGUUCUUUAUGUCCAGUUGCUGUGAAACUGGGCCCCCCUAUUGGCUAGCUGUGGAAUUGUCCCUUCAUAGUUGAAUACUGUCUAGUUUCUCUGAUCAAGAAGCAUUUUUGUUUUUUCGUUGUUUGUUUGUUUUUGCAUAGUCAGCUCCACGUCGGCUUGCUCACAUGAUCCUAGUUCAUUUUAGGGUUUAAAUCACAUACAUAAGAAAAGUCAACAGAAGUGCGUGGGUGAGGAUAUACUUGUAUUUGUGGUGACACUCUCCAGGCCCUCCCCUUAGCUUUCUAGACGAUCGAGUGCCUUCUCUUAUCAGAGGCUGACCAUCUCCCUAACACCCCCCACCCACCCCAGUCUUAUGCAAGCCUUUUCUACAAGCCUGAAGUUGACCAAGCUCUUUGUAAUAACGUAGCUAAAGCUUACUGUAAAUAUUUGUGGUUUUGUUUCCUUUUUUUUUAUUUGUUUCUUCUUGUUCUUUGAAGAGUAUUUUUCAAAAGUUAGGAUCAAAACAUAGUAACUUUGGUCUUAAGCCGCAAAUUGUCUGAUUUGUUCCAUGUAAAGAACUUUUAUAAAUAUAUAUAUGUAUGUUUGUGUGUGCGUGUGUAUGUGUGUGUAUAUAUAACAAAUAUGCAACAUGUAUUUGGUAUAUAUAUCAGGGCAAAAAGCUUUCUUGUAGAUCCUUGUAAGGAGUUGUGGAAAGUGUCUAUUUUUCUACUCUUCUCAUGGGGGGUACAUCAGUGAUGGAUUUUAUUCUGCAAAUAGGUGACUGACGUCUUCAAAAUAAACUGCUUUCAUAGAAAGCU